AUGCGGGGCUGCGGCGCGCUGCGGGGGCUGCUGGCGCUGCUGCUGCUGCUGCUGCCCGGCACCGCCGCCGCCACCGGCACCGCCACCGCCACCGGCACCUCCACGGGCACGGGCACGGGCACGGGCAGCGGGCCGGCCGGGAACUUCCUGGAGGACGAGCAGUGGCUGUCCUCCAUCGCGCAGUACGGCGGCCGCAUCCGGCACUGGAACCGCUUCCGAGACGAUGACUACAUCAGGAGCUGGGAGGACGGACAGCCCACGGAUGAAGCGCUGGACACCACCAAGGACCCCUGCCAGAAGGUGAAAUGCAGCCGGCACAAGGUGUGCGUGGCGCAGGGCUACCAGCGCGCCAUGUGCAUCAGCCGCAAGAAGCUGGAGCACAGGAUCAAGCAGCGCGGGGGCUGCAAGCCCUGCCACGCCGCCCCGCUGGCGCCCGUCUGCGGCUCCGACGGACACACGUACAGCUCGGCGUGCAAGCUGGAGCAGCAGGCGUGUCUGGCCGGCAAGCAGCUGACGGCACGGUGCGAGGGGCAGUGCCCCUGCCCGGCCCCCGCUGACAGCAAGCCGGAGCCGUGCACGGGGCAGGACCUGGCCGACCUGGGCGAGCGGCUGCGCGACUGGUUCCAGCUGCUGCGGGAGAACGCCAAGCACAACGGCUCCGGCGGGCCCCCCGGCACCGCGCUGGCGGCCGGCUGCAAGGAGGCGGUGGGGUGGAUGUUCGGGCGGCUGGACACCAGCGGGGACCGGUUCCUGGAGCAGCCCGAGCUGGCGGCCAUCAACCUGGACAAGUACGAGGCGUGCGUGCGCGCCUUCUUCAACUCCUGCGACGCCUCCAGGGACGGCCGCGUCUCCGCCGCCGAGUGGUGCUUCUGCUUCUGGAGGGAAAAGCCGCCGUGCCUGCGGGAGCUGGAGAAGCUGCAGAUGCAAGAAGCCGCCCAAAAGCCGCCGGGCGCCUUCAUCCCCAGCUGCGACGAGGACGGGUACUACCGGCGGGCGCAGUGCGCGCCGGGCGGCGGGGAGUGCUGGUGCGUGGACCAGCAGCACGGCACCGAGCUGAGCGGCACCCGCGCCCGCGGCCGCCCCGACUGCGAGGACGCCGCGGGCUUUUCGGGAGACUUCGGCAGCAGCGUGGGCUGGGAGGACGAGGAGGAGAAGGAGCCCGAGGAGGCCGGCGAGGAGGCUGAGGAAGAGGAGGCCGAGGCGGGCGAAGGCGACGACGGAGGCUACAUCUGGUAG